AUGGCCCCAGCAAAUUCUACUACUGUAGCUCAUGGGACUACUGUAGCUCCUGCUAUGGCUACUACAACUGCUCCUGGAAAUGCCCCAACACUUUCAACUAUACUGCUCACCGGAAUAAUUGCACACUCUUCCAACUCUACCGUACCCACUCCAAAAGCCUCUACGAAAUUCCCGGAGACCUGUCAAUCCUUGGGCACUCUAGAACAAUCUCAACAGUGUUAUAUGGCCCUUGAAGGAAUCGAUGCCUUGAUUGGAUCCAUUAGUUUGACGGAUGAAAUCUCCAUCACACUCAUGCAAGAUUACUGUGAGACGUUUGGGACUUGCUACCCAGAAAUCGAGAAGUGCGCUGAGUUCGAUCCAUACUCCAUUACGAUUCUUCAAGGGUUCUGUGAUUUUUAUCAAUUUGUGACAAGUUCGAUUUUCUUGAAUUGCGCCAGGGAUAUGGAGACGAAAACGACACCAUGCACUGAUAAUGCUACAGAGACUAUUAUGAGUUUUAAUGGAACCACCGCUGUCAAGUGCGCUAAACUCACCGCUAUCAGCAGUUGUACAGUUCAAGAAGUCCGUGAUACGUGCAAUUUGAGAGCCGAGCAGAGCUACCAAAUGUUUAUCAAUCGGCACAUUCAAACAUGGAUGUGUUAA